AUGGAGGAAGAAAAGAACGAAAACACGUUCUUCCCUAGAAAGAGAAGUUUCACUUUUGGGGCUUAUGAAAGCGUGAAGCUAUCCGGGGAUGAGGCAGGAGCUGAACCUACAGAGGACUACACAAUGGACAUUUUGGACCCCCCAGUAUAUGACAGCAAGCCGGUCCUCUCCGCUAGCAACAGCCAGAAGGAGACCGAGCUGUUUGAAAUCAUUGAAAAACUCCAGGGUAGCAGACUUGAUGAGCAGCGAUGUGAAUUCCCACUGCCUCUUAAGUCUCAGCUUUUGACUAUAGGUGGAGAGCAGCCAAUCAUCCUCCCUUCGAAGCUGGGGGGCUACUGGAUAGACCCGCCUGUGGAAAUGCUUGCAGAUGUCAGUCCCACCUCCUCCCAUCACGGCCUCCAAGCAGACAGCUACGAACUCAUGGAAAGGGACGGCGAGGCCAAAAUCUACCACGAUUUUUUCCGCUCACAGUAUCACCAUUCAUUCACAGCAAUAGAUCCAACAUUAGGGCCACUGGUUGUGUCUGUGUGUUUGGAGGAAGAGGAGAAUAGGAUGCGAGUCAUACUAAGAAUGAAAGAGUGCUCUCGACAUAGAGUUUUCUCCCUGUCACUUUUUCACAGCAUUCCAUCGGCUGUCGAACUGGCAAAGAUGCUGUGCGACAGAGUGACUGUCUCAAAGUUUGAAGCGGUCACCUACCUCAAGGCGCCGGUACUAAUAAGUGCAUUCGAUGAACACAGAAUGUCUUACAAUUUCAAGUUUGGUGUAUUGUACCAAAAAGAGAAUCAGUUGACUGAGGAGGACAUACUCGGUAACGAUGAGGAAAGCGAGGCGUUUACAGAGUUCCUGUCUAUUUUGGGAGACACGGUUCAACUCCAAGGCUUCACUGGAUUCAGAGGAGGUCUGGAUGUGUGUCACGGCCAGACAGGAAGCGAGGCGGUCUUCGCUUCCUUUCACGGCAGAGAAGUCAUGUUCCAUGUGGUGACCAAACUGCCCUUUACAGAGGGCGACCCACAGCAGCUGCAAAGAAAGCGACACAUUGGUAAUGACAUUGUAGCGCUGGUCUUCCAAGAGGGUCUGACUCCUUUCUUAGCAGAUGUCAUUAAGUCGCACUUCCUGCACUGUUUCAUCGUGGUCCGGAGGGUUCCGAGCGGGAAGACAGACGACACGGGCCAAGCUGCAUAUCAGAUAUCUGUCACAGCCAGAGAAGAUGUUCCUCCAUUUGGUCCCAUCCUUCCAGAUCCUCCAGUCUUCACAGAUCACUCCCUACUGAGAGAAUUCCUCCUGACCAAGCUCAUCAAUGCGGAGAUUUCCUGCUAUAAAGCUGAGCAGUUCAGCAGACUGGAGCUGCGCACUCGUUCAUCACUUCUGGAGAGUCUGCAGGCAGAACUCUCCACUCGUUCGCACUGCAUGCUGGGAGAUCCAUCAGCCUCCUCUCUCCCCACCACUGAAAAUGUCAGAGGGGCGUCCGAAAGCAGUGGGGGAUUCAUUGAGAAUUUUAAGCGGGCUAUCAGAGUGCGGAGUCAUUCCUUCGAGACCCUCGGAGUGCCCAGGAAAAUCAGUGGCAUCUCCCCACAGAAACCGAAGACAGACAAAGAUGCAGAGAGCGACUGCUUGGCACCAGCUGAAGUCAAAGAUCCUACAAGUCCUCAAGAGGAGACGUAGAAGAACGCCACCUUGCAGAUUUUCCUUUUAUGUUGACCUCAUUAUCUGUGUGAAUGACUCCUGUAAAUAGACAGUAAAGUUAGCAUUGCUGCUCAUGCGAUUAUCAUACUGCACUAGCAGUCAUAUCUGUGAUUUAAGAUAAUCCAAAUCAUAUUUUAGUGACAUGUAUACUAA